AUGGCUGCCCUUAUUCAGGAUGCUCCUACCUUAGUGCUUGCUGAAGACCCCUCCACGCAAGAGACCCAAACUCUGGUGGUGGAGACUCAGGAGCAGCAGGCCAAUGGUGCUUCCCAGGCAGAGCCACAGGCCGAUGGUGCUUCCCAGGCAGAAGAGCCGCAGGCCGAUGGUGCUUCCCACGCAGAGCCGCAGGCCGAUGGUGCUUCCCAGGCAGGUGCUUCCUCGGCUUUGCAGACAAAUCUAGCAUCUACAUCUACUGGUGGUGAUGGAGACGAGCAAGGUGUGCGAGAUGUGCAAAAGGCCAUCGUCAACUUUGCUUCCUACCACAAGCUGGAUGUGUCGGCAGUGACGAAGAAGCAGGUGAUCGAAUCUACCGAAGGCAUCAUGUUCUGGGCUACGCAAAAGGAAGAUCUUUCGGCACGUGGCUCGCAUGCUCAGCAGAUGAAGCGAGCCAUGAAGUGGCGACCAGACAUGAGUGCCGCUUACAUGGUACUCACCGAUGCGAUGAAGCUCGAGUUUCGACGUGCUUGGACGGCUACCAAGUCUUUCGACUUUAUGGUCACGACUCGUACCACCUCUACGUCUUUCAGAAAAAGACGUGAUGAAAUCGGAAAGUUUGUUACCAAGCUUCAGUUGGUCAACAUCCUCGGCGGCACCGAUCAACCUGAAGCAGUGAGGCAGGCGGAUCGCUACAUUGCUAUGUGCUCACGACCGGGCUUGAAGGACGAAAGCUUUCUCAACUUCGAGUUCUGCACCCUCCACAAUGAUUGGUUGGAUGCCAUGACCUAUUUUUUGGGUGGAGACGUUGAUUUCAUCGAGCAACGAGCAGCAGUGGUCAAGGUGUGCCAAGCACUACGUGCUUAUGCUCAUGCGAUGCGGAAGCCUCUUAACCAGGUCUCUGAAAAGGAUGUUGCCGAGACUACUUUGGGUAUCAAGGGCUAUGCCGAGCUCUACAAGACCAUGUCCCCCGAAGCCCAAGCAAAGUUCCCGAAGAACGAUGGCAGCAACAACGCAGCCUUCACCAAGACUGGACAGGAUGCUGUUGCAGCAGGUAAGAGAGCCAGGAAGCAGGCGGCUGAGGAAGCCGAUGGCAAUGGAAGUCCUGGCCCGGACGGCUCUGACACUCCGAAUCCGAAAACCAAAACCAAGAAGGACCAGAAAGGCCCUAAGAAAGAGAAGGAAGUGAAAGAGUUCCUGGCAAUGGAACAAAGCUCAGAUGUGGCCAUCGGCCGUGUGAUGGCUGAGAAAGCAAAAAACCCCGAUGGCUGGACUUGGGCUUCUGACCUGCUGGCCUCCUACAAGAACUUUCGCACUGAGGUUCUCAAGCUCUACUGCGACAACCCUGACUUCCAAUCGCUCAAGGUGGCAGCCCUCAGCCCCAAGGAGAGUGCAAAGAUCAAGAAGGAGCACGGCGACGGCUACGUGGGCAAGCUGGUGGAGUUUGUCACUGUCCUGGGGCCGCCGAUCGCCAAGAUGGCCGAGGCAGCCUUCCAAAUUGAGCAAAUGGCGAGUGCCAAACUUUUGGCCGCAGACGCUCUCAAGAGUGCCAGCAAGCCAAAGGCUAAGGCCAAGGGUAAGGGCAUCAAACGAACCGCUUCCACUAGGUCCCUGCCGUCUGUAGUGUAG